AUGGAAUUGCUUUAUGAUAAGGAAAAUGAAACACGCUUUUUAGAACAGUAUGGCUCCGGUGAUUACACGUCACAGAUAAAUGUUGACGAAUCCAAGAGACCGGCUUCAGCGAAGAACCUUCUGAAGGAGUACAAGGAAUACAAUCUAAAAGUAAUGGGCGAAUCUGGCACUUUCGUACGCCUUCAGGAUGAUGUCAUUUAG